AUACCGACGCCACCGCCAUCUUCGAGCGUUGUUCCAAGUCUUGUUCCGCGGAAGCUCUCCGCGUGAAGAAAUUAACCCGUCUCGUUCGCGGUGGUUUUCAUCCGCGGUUCCCUUUGACUCGUCGCGAUUCAGGUUAUCGGCUACCGACCGUUAACCGUGUUCGUUUCAACUCGGUCGCGACGCCGCGGUUUCGCCACUCCACUAUUCUAUUUAUCGUGUUCGUCUCUUUGUGGUUUCCAUCGCUUCGAAACGUGUGCCUCUAAGGGAUGAUUAGUAAACGAAUUUCUGAUCUCGUAUUUAUAAUUUAUAAUUUAUAAUAUAUAGUUCAUAAUUUCUAAUUUCGUAUUUCGUAUUUCGUUGUCCUGUUCCUCGGCGAUUGUUCGCCAUGCAUAUGUUGCUUGGUCGGUAACGAAAUUUCCGUCUUCUUUCACGAAGAAACAAAAAUGUUUUGCAGUUUCUACCCUGAGAAUAAAAAAGGAAAAAACAGAAGGAGAAAAAGAGGGAGGAGAAAAAAAAUCGAAAAGUCAACUGAUAAAACGGGAUUUCGGGAUCGCUGAAAGGUACUAACCUGUUAAAACACGGAUGAAUUGAAACGAUUAAAAUGGUUUGUUGAUUUCGAGGAAACGCAGGCGGAAGACACAACGUUUAUGGAAAAGAACGACGAUUCACCGGAAGACGUUAAACGGGCUACGUCCGUUGAGCGUGAAAUAAAAAGGGGGGAAAAGGAUGAUACCUUCGAAGGAUACCCGCGCCAGGAAAAGAAGAAAAGAUGGGAACACUGCGAUAAGACACCUUCGAAGAGAUCCAAGCGGCAGAAAAGCAAAUUGAACGGAGACUGUUGCGAGACACGCAAGAGUCUAAAGAAAAAGGCGAAGAAAUUCACAAAGGUUUCGGUGUUUGGCGAACCGUGUACGUUUCCAAAGCUAAACAUAAUACCUAGACAUUGCUUGACGAAACAAGACCACAUUAAUAUAUUGGCGACGGAGAGUCGCAAGUGUCCGGCCGAUUGCCAAAAGAGAAUUGUACUCCGGAGGUUAAGACCCGUGUCGCAACGAACCAAGGAAUUGGCUCAACCGCCGAGGCGACGAAUGUUGAUAAGUUUACAAGAAGGCGCGGCUGUGUUGCCACCAGCACUUUUGGACAAUCUCGUGCGAACCUUGGAGAAUGAAACAUGCCUGACUCCGGAGCAAGCGGCGAUUGUUUCGCGAAAGAAAAAAUUUGCAAAGAAGAAGAGGGGUAAACAAGAUACGUCGAGGCAAAAAGAAGCGAGUAGAUUAAAUAAACCAAACAUGGGUUCUGCGAUCGCCGGAUCGUUUGAUAAAGAUUCGGUGUUUUGUCAAUAUUCGAUAGCCGAGCGUUUCGUGAAAAGUAUAUUAAAGUGGAAAUGUCCAAUUCCCAAGGCGGAAUUCAACGACAUCUCGAAAGUGAUCGUUGAACGUUUGGUUCAUGUUCUCGACUGCACUUGUCCGCAGAACGAAGACCGUAAAUCCCAGCAAUUGCGCUUCUUAGCUGACACUAUAGCCUGUUGGAUAUCCGGAGUGUUAUCGGACGUUGCGAAACAUCAGGAGAAGAAUCUCGAAGAGAUAUGUAAAAAGAAAGAAACAGAAUGGGCAGCGGCGGAAGGGGAGGAAGAGGAACUGGAAGAGGAUCAGGAAGAGGAACAGGAAGAGGAAGAGGAUGAAGAAGUAAAGGACAAUGGGGGUAAGGAAACAGAGCAAACUUCCAUUGUCGAUGCGGACGACGAGAGGAAAAAUGAUAUAGGCGGUGUAACGGAAUCGGUGAGCCAACUAGACAAUCAGGACGUGAAAAUUGUGCACGUGAAAGACAACGAAGAGAUUGACGUUAUAACGGAGCAAGCAACGAUGGAAGAAGAAGUAGAAACGAAAUACGUGAAAACGGCUGUACCUUUAGAAACGGUAGCGAGAAUGGAAAUGGAAAGUGAACAGGAUACCGAGUCAAUUGCAGGAACAAAUGGGACAAGAAAAUCGGUAACGGAAGCAGAUACAAACACGGAAGCGAAAAUUGAAAUAGCAAAAGAGGUCGAAGUAAAAUCAAAGGUUGACUCGGAAGUGGGAAUGGAAACGGAACCGGAUACGGAAACGGAAACGGAAACGGAAACGGUAACGGAAAUCGAAGCGGAAACGGGUGCGGAGGCAACAGAAGAAACUGAAGCAAAAGGAAGAAUCGAGGAACCAGAAGAAGGAAACGAUAAUGAAAUUGUUUCGGCAGAUGAGGAAAAAACCGAUUACUCUAUGCCUUCGGAACUGGAAGAACUACAAGUUGAAACAAAAGUUCCAUCUACUUUGUUAUCAGGAGAGAAAGUUACACCUGAAGAAGAAGGAUGGAAAGACGCACUGGUUAAAGGGGAUCUGGAGGAAUUGUUUAAAAGUGACAUCCCAUUCUUGACCUUUGGUAAAAUUAUCGAUACCGUUUACAAAAUGAUCGAGAGUACUCCAGAAAACACGGCCGAAGAUCCAGUAACGAACGGUAUACACCGUGCGAUUUACGAGAAAUUAACCAAUAUCGUGAUGUUGGAGGAUCCCAACCUCUUGACGGAAGAACUAAAAGAUGUCGUAGACGUGGUAUGUGGAAAAAUUGCAAAUUGGUUGAAAACUAUUUUGAGCAAAUCGGAAAUGGCGUUCAUGGAGCAAUGCAUGCCAGUGGUGGAAUCGAAGGAAAUCAGAGAUUGGACAAAAUGGCUCGAACACAUUAGCGACGUGGCUAUAGAUUGGAAUAUCUGGUUGCGAGGUGUGAUCGAACACAUCUUUCGGAUGAGUUACGCGAAAGUGACGCGGGGCGAAUGGAAAGAUUGGACGAAAUCCGUUGAUACUGGAGCUUUGCUCUGGAGAAAAUUUCAUCUGCAAACUAUACAUCAAGCGCACCGUAACGUUACAAUGUUGACCGGUCGCAACAUCGUUAAAACUGGAACUAAAACACCUUGCACUGUUUCGGAACAGCUAAUUUUCAGCACGGAACUACACGCGUAAUACUCGGACACGUAAACACGUGUGCAGUUACGAUAAUAAAUGUCGACGAUAGCUACACGAUCAGUUGAUCCUUAUCUGCUUUGGAUAGAUGUCGAUUGAUUCGAGAAACAGGCGUGAAUUCUGCCGGUCGAGUGAAUCGUAGCGGUACAUGUUAUACGGGGAGCGUAGUAAGUAUGUCGAAGAAAGAGUCAACUGUUGCCCCCCCCCCUCUCGUCGAACGAACCGAGUGGACUCUGCAACUUUCUUCUCGAAAGGCGGUUCGGCCCUGACAUUGCUCGCGACUAUACGAGUACCACGUGCGUAUAACAUUGCCGUUCAAUGUUCGAACUCGAAAUCGGCCGUAAAACUCGAACGUGCUGUAUCGAAAACCUGAAAACUGAAAAAUCUCCUACGAUGGUGUAGUGUCGAUAGAUUUAUUUAUGCGUAUGUUCCCGCUCCCGUUCCCGGUCCUCAUUCCCGUGUCGUUCCUGCUCGCGCUCGCGCAGACUACACCACC